AGGAUGGCCAUGUUAUUGCAUUACUAUUAUUAUUACUGGAUUGUAGACAAGAGAAAAAUAUUCACGUACACAGACCAUGCAUUAAUUGAUUGAUUCGUUAGUACAGGACGAGGAUGACAGGCACCAUGACUUUGGCCGCUAUUGUUUUGAUAAUAAUGUGGAUCUCCGGUAGCAGCUCCAUCACACUACCCGGUCUUGACGUCAGCACAAGUAUAGAUGACCCUGCCCCGUUCCAUCUACCACCAUAUCUCAAUCCUGUAAACAAGGGUAUCGACGGCACGACAACUCAACCCACUACUCGCUCGCCGCCCGCACAACCACCCGCCUCUCACAGCAACACCGCCGGACAAAAUGGUAACAAGUUCUCAAACUAUCUCAUACAAACUCUUACUCACAUGGACGCCAACUCUCUAAAGACGCUAUCUCAAAUUAUCAACCUGGAACUGAAUAAACAGUCACCGUCGGGUCAGAUUCAAGGCCAAACCCAAAGCCAGACAGAUACCCAAGGUCUCAUCCAAGGUCAAAUACCCUUGAAAACGAAUAUUGGUCAGCGUCCCCAUAUAGUUGAUGGGAGUUUCACUGGAACAUCAGAUAGCCAACAUCAACAUGCAACAAUAACAGGAAGUCCCAAAAUACAGCAGGAAGGCCAAGGUCAUUCUCAAUACAACAACCUAUCAAAAAAGCCACCUUCAACUGGUUUCAACAGUGGGCAGACACUGAUUUCCCCACAACAACAGUCUAUUGGAUCCUCCACAAACCAGCAAUCUCAAACGGUAUCUUCACUUGGUAAAACGCAAUUAAACCCUGGGUACAUGAGUGCUUCUGGAAUUGCAGAUACCAAUGGCCACAGGGACCAGAAUAGUCCUAACACAAUGUUUCAUAAUGCAGAGGUCGGUAGUAGACCAUUAGCCAGUGAAGUGGAAACAUCAUUUGAUCCGAACAAGCUGAUGGCAUCGAUAGAAGCAGAAACGUCACAAUAUAACCCAAAUGCCUUUCUGACAAAGCAGAUCUAUAUCACUGCAAACCAAUGGAAUGCAAAUCAGAACCAAGUCCCACAGCAAACACAACAAACCAGUCCAGUUCAGACUGAUGAGACAGACGUACAAGAAAAUAACAAGCCGAGCAUUAUGGGGACCUCACAGUUAAACUUCAAGCCUGAUUCGAUGAUGGCAGCACUAGGAAUGAAAGGUCAUGUAUUCACCUUUGAUCCUGACAAGAUCAACUCCUAUGGCAGUAGUGGAUUCCAACCUGGUAUGUAUCCACCGUCUUUUGGCAACAAGGAAAUUCCAAAGAAUAUGUUCAAUGCGGAUACAGUCAACAAAGAUCUAAUGACUUACAGCGGACAGUCAAAACAGCAGCUUAAUCAGGAGGAGAAAGUCGUCCACCAUUCUGCCUACAAUCCAGACAUAUUUAAUCAUCCGGCUGUAAAAACCGUGCCAAGCACCUACUUACAAUUCAUGGGAAAUGAAGGUAGGGUAACUGUUAACCCAUAUGACAAACCAUUAGCAAAACCCGUACCCACACCAUCACAAGCACGUCUUCGACAACAGUUCAGAAACAAUUUCCAUCAAGACAGCCGUUAUGCUAACAAUGUCCAACAGACACACGCACAGCCACUGUCACCGAUCAGUGGCAAAGACAACACGUUUUCUAUAACCAGAACGUACCAGGCAGCAUUUAACCCUGACCGGAUCAAUGCUGCUCAACGCCAGUUUGAUCCGGACUCGCUCAUUAAAUCUCUGUUUAUUGGGGAAGACAGUCAAGCAUUACCUGAUCCAUUCGAGACAAAAUUCCUGAGAAAAUCAUCUCGUAAUGAAAAUGGAACAGAGGUCGUAGAAGCAAAUAUUUCUAGGCCACAUACACCCAGUCCAAAGUCCAAAGAUUCACAACAAUCCACCACAUUAUCCAGUACAAUAACACCCACUGACCAACCAGAGACGACUAUUGGUUCUACCGUGAGUGUGAAUCCGCCGAGGGUUGAGGGACCCUUGUUUAAUCCCGACAACGUCAAUGCAGGUAUCGCACAAAUGAUGAACUUUAGUCCCGGAUCUCUGAUGAUGGGAUAUAACCAGGUACCGGCGGCAGCCCAAACCAACACUUUUCUAAAGGCUGAAUAUAACCCUAAUCAGGUUAAUCAAAUGGGGAAGUUUCAAUCCGGAUUGUCUCCUAUGAUGUCUGCACUGACAGGAGGGAUUGGCGGGACUGGUAACACUGGGUCACAGGCUGGAUCUCAGCCAAGUUACGACAUGUCUGGAAGUAUGACAGCCAUGUUUAAUCCAGCCGAAGUGAACAAGGCAAAGAUGAGCUUCGAUAUAUACAAACAGAUGGGUUUCAAUGAAAACUCGGGUAACGCGAUGUUUGACCCAAUGAAGGUCAAUGUUCUUGCAACUCAGAAAUCCAAUCAGUCGACUGAAGCGACCAACGAAAACAAUGGCGGCUUUCUCAGCACCGGUGGAAUGAGUAUGAUGGAUAAUUCAGCUUUCACAGGGAAUUUUGACCCAAAUCAAGUCAAUCAGGUAUCUAUUACAGCCAUGCAAGAUAACAAGCAGCAAAACAAUUCAUCAAACACCUCCAACAUGGAUUACAUGUCGGCAUUUUUGGGAAUGGGUAGUUUAGGAAGUACUGGGGGUUCAGCGUUUGGCGGAAGUUUUAAUCCAUCGGAAGUAAACACUGCUGCUUUUAAUCCAAAUGAUGUUAACAAUGUAAAAAUGAACUUUGAUCCGUCUAAUAUGCUUGAUCGUAAUCCAGGCUAUGAUUUGGACAAGGCGACUCAAACGAAUUUCGAUCCAACAAAAAUCAAUGAUGUCCACAUGAACUUCGAGCCGCCUUUCAUUCCUGUGGAUAAAAACAAGAACGAUAACUCCACAACUACUAGUUCAUUUAGUCAGUACAAUUCCGAAUUCACUCCGGGGCAGCUUUUUCCAAAUGGUAAAGCUAUGGUGUUUAAUCCUACUUCGGUAAAUCAGGCAAAAAUGCACUUUAGCGCCGUAGACAUGCUCAACUCCAAGGGUGUUGAUGGUUCUAAUACGUUGCAGGACAACACGCUCUUUAGUCCGCAACUGCCAAAUAAGAACUCAAACAUUGGGAUGCCUGUGUUCGAUCCGGUAGCAGUCAACAAUAUGCAACUUAACUUCGUUCCAAACUCAGGAAUGAGUAUUUAUCAAUCUUCAUCGAUAGAUACUUCUUCAGGACAAGAACAUAAGCCGAGUACCGCAUCAAUGUCCUCUCUCACCACUCCAUCCACGAUAACUAGCCAGACAACACUCACCACGACGCCUAGUCCGAGUUCCUCCCCAAACCCUACCGAAGAAAAUCAUAUUAAACAUUAAUACUGAAGUGUC